GAAGCUUGGUCUGGUGCUUUGUAUCCGUUUCUAUCGGUCCUUACAGCCGCUCGUCAGACCCCAGCAGCAAAGAUGGUAAAGCAGAUCGAGAGCAAGGCUGCUUUUCAGGAAGCCCUGAACACCGCAGGUGAUAAACUUGUAGUAGUUGACUUCUCAGCCACGUGGUGUGGGCCUUGCAAAACGAUCAAGCCUUUCUUUCAUUCCCUCUCUGAAAAGUAUUCCAACGUGGUAUUCCUUGAAGUAGAUGUGGAUGACUGUCAGGAUGUUGCUUCAGAGUGUGAAGUCAAAUGCAUGCCAACAUUCCAGUUUUUUAAGAAGGGACAAAAAGUGGGUGAAUUUUCUGGAGCCAAUAAGGAAAAGCUUGAAGCCACCAUUAAUUAAUUAGUCUAAUCAUGUUUUCUGAAAACAUAACCAGCCAUUGGCUAUUUAAAACUUGUAAUUUUUUUAAUUUACAAAAAUAUAAAAUAUGAAGACAUAAACCCAGUUGCCAUCUGUGUGACAAUAAAACAUUAAUUCUAACGCUUU